UGCGAGGGGCUGAGCCAGGCCGGCGGCCUGCGGCCCAUCAGGCAGACAAGCCGCUGCCUGCGCUGAAGCUGGCGCUGGAGCACAUUGUGCGCUGCAUCGACAAGCACGGCAUCUGCGUGUGGACGAAUUCCUGUGCGCGGAGCCCGGGCGGCAGAUCGGCCUUCACGGUGGUCGAAUUCCUGUGCACGGAGCCCGGGCCGCAGAUCGGCAAGGUGGUCCGCGCCCUGCGCGACACAGGCAAGUUCACGGACCGCCAGCUGGUCAGCCAGAAGAGCGACUUUUCCAAGAACAUCCGAGGCGAUCAGAUCCCAUGGAUCGAGCGAGGGCAAGGAGCCCGGCUGGGAGACCAUUGGGCUGCUCAUGAGCCCCAGGGACGACCUGAUCCCUGUUCGUCUGUGUAUUAAGUGAGGUGAAUUUUCAGCCUCCGGAUAGCAUCACUGAGAUCUCAUCUUUUAUUGGCCCUAAAAAGACUAAGUAUUUUUAUAAAUUAAGCAAAACUCCGUGGUCUGGACAAAAUAUUUAAUA